AUGUUUGUGGGCUUCGUGUUCAGAAGGAGAGACCUGGCGGCAGUGGAUGAGUUUCAAGUCCCAUUUGGAGGCAGUCAAUCCGCGAUCAGCCGAAGCACACAGUAUGGAGUACUACUCACGUUGUCGUCGCAUUCGCUUCCGCCUCGCUCACCUACUACUGCGGCGGUGUCUUAUCCUUAUCGCGGCACGUUUGACGAGACCUACGAAUUUCACGACCCUUAUACGUUGACGACUCUCUCACCGCAACGCCAGCAGCAGGCUGCUUCCCGACCCUUACCUGACCCUACCCUUCACUCAGAACGUCGACCCUCGAGUGCUCCUGGGAGUGCUCGAUCGUUGCGGAGAACUUCUCGUCAUUUCCAACGCCCACCGUCAGUUGAUGUCUCCGGACGUCCCUCUCAAAUAGAGCAAUCAAUUCCUGUAUUGGUGCAGUCUGUGUCGGAUCACGGUAACGGAAUCGCUGCAUUACGUCCUGCACUUUCCGAGGCGCAUACAGAGUACGACGAAGAAGAGGCCGAUUCGGCACCGGAAGACCACCUUGAACGGGCAGACACCUCGUACUGGCCCCGUAGGUCCACCCGAGUUUCUCCACGUACGGCAUCUGCUAUCCUCUGGACUUUGGAAGAAGCAAUUCGGACACCAUUUCCCUUCACAACGGACUGGGAAGAAGUGAAUGCGCAUAUGUCUGACGUAGUAGGUGUCCCUGGUUCGGCCAGCUUCGGUACCAACGGCCGUACGCAAAAUGGAUCUUCACGGGCCGCGCAAGGCCCAGUUCCUGUCAAUCCACAUCCCCCAAGUGGUGUGCGGACACCAACGGAUAUUAUGAGACAGCGCCGGGAUCGGGAGGCUCGUAAGAAGGCGGAACAGGAAGCUAGGGAUCGGGAGCAGGAGCAAAGCAAGGCUCAAGGGCAAGCUCAGCCUUAUGCUGCUGGCGUUGCCGGUGACAGAGGAUCACAGCGGAGAGCAACGCAAAGGGCUCCCACAGGGCCGGAGGGGCAGCCAGAAUUGCGCACUACCACCAUUCCAGAACGAUCGGCUACCAACGCUCGACGACCGGACCCAUUAUCUCCGACGCAGGCACCAGGUACUGGUGUGGGGCAUGGUCAUCCCAGGCCGAGUACAUCGGCAGGACAGCCCAAUCCAGCUCAGCAGUCACAUGUCCCACCCCAGGGUUCUGCAGGGUUUCCGAAGCCGCAAGGUCAAGCCCCGGCUUCCAAUCAACAAGCCAGUGGAGCUCAGUCUCAGCAGCAAUCCCGUCGGGUGCCUUUCCCUCAUGCGUUCGAACGAUGGGAAACCCUGUCGUCUCACUGGGAAGGAUUGACUGGCUAUUGGAUUCGCAAGUUGGAACAGAACAACGAGGCGCUCGAGCGCGACCCUCUCAACCAACAAAUGGCCCGUCAAGUUACUGAUCUUUCUGCGGCUGGUGCAAAUCUUUUCCAUGCCGUAGUGGAACUGCAGCGCUUGCGUGCCUCGUCCGAGCGGAAAUUCCAGCGCUGGUUCUUCGAUACUCGCACAGAACAGGAACGUGCCAAGGAGUUGCAAGCAGAGUUGGAGCGACAGGUUCGAACCGAACGACAAGCUCGCUCGGAGGCUCUUACCUCUUUGCAGAAGGCCGAAAGUGACAAGUCGCGCGUGGAAGAACUGCUCAAAGAGAUGCGUCGUGAGCUGCAGAUCUCCAAAGAAGAGGCUCGCCGUGCUUGGGAAGAGUUGGGUCGGCGCGAACAAGAGGAGCGUGAGAGGACCAAUUCCCUCCGCAAUGGCGAGCCCACAUUGGUCGGAGGAGUCCAGGUGGUGCCUAUGAUCCCUGGAGCCUCGCAUCGACAGCCAUCGACCACCCGUCCUCAGACACGCGAGAGCCCCUACGCUACCGGCGGAGCAACUAGUGGAGAAGGAGUGCCGAAAAGUACAACGGACACUGAAGGUCAAUACUAUGGCGAAACUCCUGCAUCACCCACCGGUACGGAUCCUUUUGUUGAGGGACCGCCCCCGGUGACCUCGUCUGCAGAAACCGAGAGGCAGUAUCCCGCGCACUAUUACGAGCAUGAUUCCGGCUAUCCUGCUCGACCCACGUCGGAAAACGAUGACCGCUCCUAUGGACCUAGUGUAGCUAGCAGCGAACCUGGCGAAGACGAGUUUGGGUCCAGCUAUCGCCGCAAUCUCCCAGGUCCGAUCGUUUACCCUCCUACAAUGUCUGAAGGGAGCGACGAUUAUGAACACGGCUCACUGGACGAAGCUGGGUACCCCCCUAGCUCGCUGCCCGCGUCCUCGGGGUCUAUCUAUGGGGGCUACAACCAGGCCGUCGACUACAGUGGCUCGGGUUGGGGCGUCGGCUCUGGGUGGGAAGCAAUGACUCCCCGACAUCGCCAUCCUACUCGUCUGAGUGAUGUCAUCGAAGAAGAAGAGCCACGAACUACGCCUAGCCGUGCCAGUAUGGCCAGCCGAAGUGUACAGUGAGAUCGAAACCUUUGCCGUACAGUACAUACCGCAUACAAGAGAAGAGAAUCUUCGG